AACUGAUACAUGAUUCCGGUUCUUCUGGUCAUAUAGUAGGGCUACAUACAACACCAUGUCGAGGUUAACAAAUAAACCUUACAGUUUGUGUGUGUGUUUCCUGAAGAGCAGGUGGAAAUGUCCUCAGCGUUUGUCCAAAUCAUCUUCGUUCACGUCUGGAGUGAGGACCGAAGAAGUAAAGGCAAGAUGUGGAUUUUCUAGCACUAACUCAGCAAGGCCAGAGUUUAAUCCAGCUGCAUCGUGGGCCACCAGAGCUUGGACGGAUGUUGCACAUGGACACGUACAAAGAAGAGGACUUUACUUGACCGUUCCCCUUGCAGAAGAAAACGCACUUCAGUCCAAGGAGCUGACAGAAGCCAUCUAUGAGAAGCUGGCUGAUGAGACGCUGGAUGCGUUGGCAGAAUAUUUUGAGGAUCUCGCCGAUGAGAGCUUUACUGAUGCGCAAGAUUAUGACGUGGUGUUUUCUAGCGGUGUCCUGACUGUGAAAGUAGGAGAUGGCCAUGGCACUUACGUCAUCAAUAAACAAAAACCCAACAGACAGAUUUGGCUCUCCUCUCCUACAAGCGGGCCGAAACGUUACGAUUGGACAGGAGAACGCUGGGUGUACGCCCACGAUGGCAUGGCCUUGCACGAUCUUCUCUCUAAAGAGUUUUCUGCCAUCUUUCAGUCAAAUAUAGACCUGUCACAUCUCCUCCAUUCCUGAGAAGGACUAGAGAAUGAGGAAAGCACCAGAAACAUGUCUUGCCUUCAGGAACAGAAAUAUACGAGCACAAAUGGACAGAUGUGUGACGUUCCUCAUUGCUCUUCUUUUGGAACCAGAAAUAUUGUAGACUCUCAUACUACUAUAUCUUCUGAAGAAAGACCUCUCCCUCCUGUUUAACACAGUGAAGAUGUUAUAUUUUGCAAUGCAAAACUAGACUCUUGACGAGUGUACUCUGAGCAUCUGGCAGUACAAAUCAGCACAUUUAUUACACCCAUCGUCAUUUAGCUACCGAGGCCAAAUUACAAUUCAUAGUUGCAUGUGGAUUCAGUCAGAACAUGUUCAUUCAGUAAUGGUUAUAUUGUAGUCAUCAACCCCUUUAAGCACGGCUCUCUAUUCAAAACUCCACUCGUUCAUUAUGGCGCAGGGUCGAGAGUGCUCUCACAGUCCCUGCCAGUGAAUCUGGUUGGAUUAUAUUCGGAUUAAAAAGGUCAUUUUUGAACGCCGCACCAGCAAUGAAAGAGACGAGAGGGCACUCUAUCAUUUGAGGCUUUUAAGUCAAUGGCGGUAAUGUAGAGAUCUGAUCAUAGUUAGACUGCAGGCAGUUGAGUGGAGACUAGAGAGAGGAAGAGGGAGGGGAUAAUUUGAAAAAAAGCUGUAGGAAAGCUGAGUCUGAGAUGCUCGGUUGGUGUUUGUUCAGUACGUAGUGUGGUAUAUUUAAGUAUGGUAAUUAAAAGUCUGCAAUUAAAGAAUCAGUCCAUCAUUCAGCAAAUAAAUUCAAGGUGUGUGCUAGUCAAUAUGUACCUAUGUUACACUUGAAGCUGUGAGUCAUCAUCAAUGUUGAAAUGUAUUCUUUUCCUUCAGAUUUUCUUUGUUUGCACAGUAUGUUGUUGAUGAAUAUUUGUUCAUGAUAAAUAAAUGAUAUAUGAAUUCC